AUGCCACCUCGAAAAAAUCCUAGACAUGGCGGCGCCGCAGGAGCUCCACCACCACCACCUCUACCACCCCCUCAGUUCGACCCGUCAAUGUUCCAGGCUGCCGUAACAGCCGCAGUAGCAACCACAAUGUCCCAAAUCAGCACCAAUAAUGCAGGUGGCGCGAGUAAUGGUCCCACAAAUUCUAACAACGGGGACAGUCAGGGAUGCUCGAGAGAGUGUACCUACGAAGACUUUACUAAUGCCAAACCUAAAACUUUCAAUGGGAGCAGAGGUGUCGCAGCAUUGCUUCAAUGGUUUGAGAAGACCGAAUCAGUCUUUGAAAUAUGUGCAUGCCCUGAAGCAAACAAGGUCAAGUUUGUAGCAUGCACAUUCUCUAAAAGGGCACUCACCUGGUGGAAUGGCCACGUCAAUACAUUGACACUUCUGGUGGCUAACUCGAUAACAUGGGAAGACCUGAAAACCAUGUUGAUGAAGGAGUACUUUCCAAGGGGUGAGAUACAAAAGUUGGAAGAGGAACUUUGUGGCCUCAAAAUGACAGGCUCCGACAUCCUGUCUUAUACCUCAAGAUUUAAUGAUCUAGCCAUACUGUGUCCAGGAAUGGUUCCGUCGGAAAGCAAGAAGGUCGAAAGAUACAUUUGGGGACUAUCCUCCCAACUUCAAGGAAGUGUAUUGGCCUCAAAGCCAACUACCUAUGAUGGUGCCAAAGAACUGGAACAGCAACUCAUCGACCAUAAAGCCAGUCAUGGCACUGUGACAACCACCUCCGAGCAAGCUAAAGGAGGAAACAACAAAAGGAAGUUCUGGAACAAGAAGAAGGGUCAACCUGCUCAAGACCCUGCCAACAAACAACAAGUGGUUGCUAUAAACGCCACCACAACUACUGUCAACCCAACUCCGAUAAGGCAAUACGCCGGGAACCUGCCAAAGUGCAACAAAUGCAACUUUCACCAUAAUUGCGCUUGCCGUGAAAUGCAUUGCACCAACUGUAACAAAAAGGGGCACACCGAUCGAUUUUGUAAAGCUCCAGUCCAGCAAAACGCACAAGCUGCCAACCCAGGAGCAAGUCAAACCUGA